AGGGGAGCCAAUCGGACGGAGCCCCGAGUGACAGCUGGCCAAUCGGAGCCGCGGUCUCUUCGCCUCAGCCCCAUUUAAGGGGGUGGGGCGCUACCGCCUGAGGAAUGUCAACUAUUCAACAUGGAGGCGACGGUCACUAAACUGGAGAUCCUGUUCCAGAAGGCCGAAUCUGACCUGGAUUGCAUUCAGAAGAUGUUGGAGUUGGAGAUGAUGAAGGGGCUCCCAGAGGGACUUUCCCAAGAGGAGACUCCUCUGGUCCUCAUCCAACAGCUGUCAGCGAUGAAGUCGCGCUACAAAACCUUAUGCCAGCAGCUGGAAAAGGUUUCCCUCGAGCGGCAGGAAUCCAUGCGCUCGAUCCGUGCCACUCUCGACAAGACCAUGAAGCUGGUCCAGGAGAUACAGCAACAUGCUGGCAUGGAGAUGUCGCCUCUGUCGGAGGAAGAACAGCUGGCCAUGCAGCACUUGAUGUGCCACUCUCACAACUUGCCGAGUCCUCUGCUGGAACAGUGAUCCUUUUGACCCUGUGUACCUCACGUUUCAACUCCUACAACCCUGACUGUUCAGAACGGGCUGAUCACUCCUGCCCUGAUCGGAUCCAAAAACAUCCUCAUCACUACCAACACGGUCUCCUCGUGAAACACAUCCAGCAAAUCGAACCCCUUGAAGAGGAAGCACGAGGAAGAAGAAGAUGAUGAUGAUGAUGAUGAUUACGACAACUUGUGUGGAGCGUUGCACAGCGUGACCCUGAUGACUCUUCCUCUUUGGGCAGCAGUUGGUUCCCUAGAAAGUGUUAGCAGGAGGGGACGCCAGGUUAAGACUGAGAGGGGCGUCAUUGGAAUCGCCAAGGCUGCACUGGAUCCUCUUGAAUCUCACUCCAUAUUGCUCACCUCCCUUACUGGAGACUAAAAGAUGUGGGGAAUUGUGGAGAAACCAAGAAAUCUUAACUAUGGUGCCUAUAUUAGGAGUCGGAGGUUGAAUGGUUCAAUAAAAUCUUUUUUUGUCACAA